AGCGUGCUGGCGUUGUGUGGUGUCCCGUAUCAAGCAGGCGCCAAGCGGAGUGGAGCUGAGCCGAGCUGAGCCGUGAACGGAUGCGUCAUUCGAGGCUGAUCGAGCAAACCGGAGUUACACGGGUUACGCCUUUCGGAGAGUGAUUCUGAAUUUUUAGAGAGAAUUUUUGAAGUCGAACGGUCUUGCACUUAAUCGUAUCUUGUCAUAUCCUUUUUCCCUUUCCACGACACCUUAAUUGCUCAAAUAUAUCUACAUAUAAUAAGCGAAAGUAUUUUCGCGAGCAGAGUUUAUUCGCCGCGUAUUAGGUUCCACGUCGACAGCGUGACUGGAAAUACCUGGUGACACAACACGAUUCCGUAGCGACCUUUCCUAAAUAGUCUCCGAUCCCUUCGAUUUGUUUUGUUGAUGUUAACAACAACCGCGAGCCAUCCUCUCGCGAGAAAAUCGAAUCGGGACGUGAUAAUUACACACGUACUCAUUAUCUUAUCCGGUGACGCGUCUCAUGAUUAUAGUUAGCUCAUAAUCACGCCGGUAGUAAAGUAAUUAGCGCUAGGUGUGUGCCACAUCGUCAGAGGAUCAUCGCAAAUUCUUCUAUUAUUUUCUCUCUUUGUUUUGCUUUUUCUCUUUCUGAAGCGGUGAGCCAGUCGUUUCAAUCUAUUCGCAGUCUAUCCGACGAGAUUUCGACAUGGGUAUCGAGGACACCGAGUACAAGAUGUCAGAGAAGAAUCCCGAGAUGAGGGAAACCGCUGCGAGAAUCUGUCGAGAUUACUUGCACGGUGUAUGGAAGCACAUUACAGCGGAAAACAUCGUCCUCAAACGCGUUAGUGGUGGCCUAAGUAAUUGGCUGUACAACGUCCAACUUCCUGAAGGAACAGUUCCGGUUAGGGGAGAACCUCGUCAAGUUUUGCUACGUCUUUAUGGGCAGGUGCAUGGAGAAAGAGCCUUAGAAGGACUCAUCACAGAAUCCGUCAUCUUCACCUUGUUAUCUGAAAGGAGAUUGGGUCCUAAGCUGCACGGAGUGUUCCCUGGUGGCCGUAUAGAGGAAUACAUCCCAGCUCGACCUUUGAUCACAAAGGAAUUGGCGGAUUCAACCUUGAGUCUACUGAUCGCAGAAAAGAUGGGUCAGACACAUAUGAUGCAGAUACCAAUUAGCAAAGAGCCCACAUGGUUAUGGGACACAAUAAAUAAUUGGUUCAACACUACGACAGACAUUCUUGAAAACAUUGAUAACGAAGACAUUGAUAGUCGGCAACUGGAGAAUGUUAGCACAAUAAAAUGUAUAAAUUUGGAGCACGAAAUCAAUUGGCUCAAAACAAUUAUAACACAGCAAAAGUAUCCAGUUACAUUCUGCCACAAUGACAUGCAAGAGGGAAAUAUACUCCUACUCCAAAAUACGCGAAAGCCCAAGUUAGUACUCAUUGACUUCGAAUAUUGUUCCUACAACUACCGAGGAUUUGAUAUCGCCAAUCAUUUCGCCGAAUGGCAAUACGACUAUACAGCACCAGAAUAUCCUUUCUUUCACGAACGUCCGGCCGCUGGUCCCACGAAGGAGCAAAAGCUCAACUUCAUAAGAGCCUAUCUAAGAACAUUGAGCAAAGAAGGAUCUCUGGAGGAAGAGCGUAUUAUGAUGGAAGUAAGGAUAUUCUCACUAGCUAGUCACUUAUUCUGGGGUCUCUGGAGCGUCGUAAACGCGAAACUGUCACAGAUUCCAUUUGGCUAUUGGGAUUAUGCUGCCUGCAGAUUGAAGAAUUACAUGUAUCUGAAAGAAAAGUUGCUUAUUUCUGGAUUACCAGGCUCGGAUAACACCUUAAAGAGAAAAUCUAUAGAUAUAGACUGAAAGAGCAAGAUCGAAUAAGGAGGGCGAUGUACUCGCAAAUUUAUAUAACAUUUCGCUACACAAGUAGCUUGCUUUGUUUAAUCCAUCGAUUCUAACUGAUGGCAUUAAUUCUGAUGAGCAGCGAAUAACUCUUAAUUGAGUAGUCAUUAUUUCAUACAUCACGAAAUAAUGUAGUCCGCUGCUCCUCGCUAACCAGUGCAAUAAGUGCACUGCUUGUAUACAAUAUACAAUGUGAGCAAGGAGAGCAGGUCAAGAGUAAAUGGAAAGUCAAUCAUGUGAUAUAGAAUAAGUGUGUACUUAAAUGUAUGGAUCUUCGUUCAGUACUUUUACUGCGUUAACGAUUAAUAAUUAAAACCAAAAAAGUACUAAAAUGUACUUAAUUUUUUUAAUUCAAAAGAUAAAUGACGAGACAUUAGUAAUUUUUAAAAAUAAUUUGUUCCUUUUUAAUAAGGGAUUGAAGUUGAAAAAAAUCUGAAGAAGCUUCUAAGUAUAGAAUCAUGUGCUCAAAUUGUGAAAACAUUCAUAAGACAUACAUUUAAUCACUUUUUAGCUUUUAUAUAUUUAUUAUAAGACUAUCCCAAAUUGUUGCCAAUCAUAUCGAAUCCAAUUCAUUGCUUGGUUGUUUACUUGUUACAUGUAAUAUGUAUAAAAUAGUUGUAAAUAGGACUAAUAAUACAUUUGCUAUAUGCUAUUUUUACUUAAAAUUGUAUAACUCAAACUGUACUUAAGUACAGGUACUUAAUAUUAUACAAAAGAGGACAGCAUUUAGCAUUCAUUACCGAUAUUUACCAACAUAAAACGCACUGACAAUUAGAACGAUGUAUUUUCACCAAAUAAAACAUUUACUUC